GUAAAAAACUCACGUGGAAUUGAAACCGCGUCAGGACCUUUUGGUGUUACGUUUGAUGCACUAAUAAUGCCUCGUUAUGCUCAGCUUGUGAUGGGCCCGGCGGGCAGCGGGAAGAGCACUUACUGUUCUACAAUGGUUCAGCACUGUGAGGCACUUAACAGGUCUGUUCAAGUUGUUAAUCUAGACCCAGCUGCAGAAUACUUUGACUAUCCUGUCAUGGCAGAUAUCCGUGAGCUGAUUGAAGUGGAUGAUGUCAUGGAGGACAGUUCAUUGCGAUUUGGACCAAAUGGAGGUCUGGUUUAUUGCAUGGAGUAUUUUGCAAACAACUUUGACUGGCUGGAGAGCUGCCUGGGACAUACAGAGGAUGAUUACAUACUGUUUGACUGUCCAGGUCAAAUUGAGCUCUACACACAUUUGCCAGUAAUGAAGUACCUGGUGGAUCAGCUACAGCAGUGGGAGUUCAGAGUCUGUGGAGUCUUCUUAGUAGAUUCACAAUUUAUGGUGGAAUCAUUCAAGUUUAUUUCUGGUGUCAUGUCAGCUCUCAGUGCUAUGAUCUCUCUGGAAAUACCUCAAUGUAAUAUCAUGACGAAAAUGGAUUUGUUAAGCAAGAAAGCCAAAAAAGAAAUAGAAAAGUUUUUAGAUCCAGAUAUGUAUUCAAUGAUUGAGGAUUCAUCUAAUCGGCUAAGAAGUAAUAAGUUUAAGAAGUUGACAGAAGCUAUAUGCGGACUGAUUGAUGAUUACAGCAUGGUUCGGUUUUUACCCUUUGAUCGCUCAGAUGAGGAAUGCAUCAACAUUGUGCUUCAGCACAUAGAUUUUGCCAUUCAAUAUGGAGAGGACUUGGAGUUUAAAGAGCCAAAAGAAAAUGAAGAGGAUACAGCCCCUAACUUUGAUGAAUUUUUUCAGGACAGAGCAGAUGAGCAGUGAAGAGAAAGCUCCUUGGUUUGUGAAAGCAGCUAAAGGAAGUGAUUUCCCUUUUGACUGGCUAACAGACUUUAAGCUGUAUACAGGGUCUAAAGAUCAACACCGUUCUGAGCUUAGAGAUUUCUAACCAUUGCAGAAAAUGCAGGAGAGGGAACGCUUCUAUUACUCGUUUACAAGCGCCAUCUCCUUGGCAACAGAAGAGCGUUAUGAAACCACAGAUUAUUGCAGGCAAUGUGUAUUUACCAUUAGUGAGUUAAAGAGAAUGAACAGAUUUGCAUUAUGAUUUAUAUUGAUAUAAUAGAGGGCUAUAUUAAAGGAAUAUGUAACCCAAAUAUGUUCUUUUGUGAAUCAGACAGAGCAUACCAUUUUAAAAAGUUUCCAAUUUACUUUUAUUAUCAAAUUUGAUUUGUUCCCAUGAUAUUGUGUUGAAGAGAUACUUAGGGUAGGCAUCUGGAGCCCUACAUGGCAGGAAAUAGUGCUGCCAUCUAGUGCUCUUGCAAAUGGAUAACAGCUGCCAUCUAGUGCUCUUGCAAAUGGAUAACAGCUGCCAUCUAGUGCUCCAGAAAUGGUCUGGCACCUGAGCUAACAUUCCUGCUUUUCAACAAGAUCCCAGGAGAGCAAAGAAAAAAUGAUCAUAGAAGUAAAUUAGAAAGUUAUUUAAAAUUGCAUACACUAUCUGAAUCAUGAAAGAAGAAUUUAUGGUCUCAUAUCUCUUUAAAUUGCAACAUAACAUUGAAGCUCCUAAUUCAGUGAAACAUUCAUUCACCAAAAAGUUUGAUUCUAUUACUAUGACUGAUGUUUAUUUGAAAAUAAUAUGCCUUUUUGUUUUACACCUAUUUGAGGUAUUUGUUAUUUAUUUUUAUUUUCCGAUACCCAAGAAAAACCUGUUAGAAAAAUGCUAUUUUGAAUUUAUAUUUUAUUAAAAUAUCACAAUAUAAACAAGUCACAGCAAGUAUAUUUAUUCAGUGUAUCUGACGUAUAUACAUAUGGCAACCAGUAUCGGUAGGACAUUAUAUUAGCCUUUGGUGUAUUAAGAAUAAAAAUACAUAGAUUGAUAUUGCACUCUGUGCAGACCUUAUUAGGCAUGGCCAGAAUUUUGUUGUUCAAUAGGCAGCGGUAUUUGGCAAUGCCGGAUUAAAUUGUAUAAUAGCAGAGCACACACAUAUUUGGAAUUCACAUCUUAGUGUGACCGAAUGCCGCUAGCUGCGAUCAUAUUCACCAUUUGUUUAGUAAACAAAGUUCUCCCUAUGCUAAUUACAAAUCGGUUAUGUGGUCUGAAAUGCUACCUCCCUCUAAAAACAUUAAUUUAUUUAUUUUUUAUUGUGAGUAACCUGUUUAUGUGCACAUAUUGGUUGUGUAUACUGAAAGCCUUGCUAUCUUGUCCAGAUUUACAUACAAGAAAGCCCUCUCCUUCACAUUUUUAUAAACUGUAUUGGCCCUUUUUGUUCUUAAAGAGACAGUGCAAUACGAAAAUGCUCUAAUUUGUUAAAACGUGUUAUUACACUAUUGCUAGCAUAUAACUACAAGGUCAACCACAAUCCUUUUAUAAAAGCUCAUUAAACAAUUUAUCUACAAAAAGUCCCUAUGCACUUGAACAUUUAAUUCUGUUGAUAAAUUAUUUGAUGAACUCUUUUUAAAGGAUUGUUAUCAACCCCUGUGUGUUUAAUCCCAUCACCAGCCAUGGUUCAAUCUGAAGCAGAAGUGCAUUGCUGCUUAAACAAAGUUGUGUGCAAGCAGCAGUUCAAUAACAAAUGCUUUAACCAAUUACAGCAUUUUCUUUUUUGCAUUUAUAGUUCCCUUUAAUAAAGUCAUUAUUUCACUAUACAGCUUUGUACUCUUUACAAUGUGGCUCUGGUGUAUUGUUGUACUGAUUUAUUUUCUCUGUCUCAUGAGUUAUGUUUUUUUUAUAACACCAAAUCAAUUACAGCAACACAUUUACAUACAACAUACCAAGACAAUUCAAUGUGAAAUUCCUUUAAACAUCGGCUCAUUUGCUCUAUAUAUGAUCUUAUUUUAAAAAUAACCACAAAAGCGUAACUGACACAAAAUAACUAAACCUCUAGGUUUGUGUACUGUAGUAAUGUAUAUACCAUUGCUGGCAACCAAUAUUAUUCAAAGGGUCACACAUGGAGUCCCAGAGCCACCAGUUGGGUCUUGCUAUACUUUUAAAGGGACUGUAAAAAUCUUAAAAUUAAUUUAUAAAAUGCAUAAAUUAUAUGUAAUUAAAUAAAUUUGCUAAAUACUUUAA